AUGUUUGUUUAUGGUGCUCCUGUCGUAGAAGAUAGACCUCAGGUUUGGAGUUUAAUUCUUGACUUACUUGCAAUUGCUCCUAAUUGUUUGAUUAUUGGAGAUAUUAAUCAAAUAGAGCACCAUUAUGAUAGAUUGGGAGGGUCUAAUGUCAUUCAAGGUUGGGAUUCCUUUAUUGAUUUUAGACUUAAAUCUUGUUUAUUUGCUACCCCUUUUAAAGGUCCGGCUUAUACUUGGACGAAUAAUAGAGAUGCUGACCAACUCAUUUUGCAGCGGCUGGACAGGGCUUACAUGACCUCUGAUUGGUUUCAAAACUUUCCAGAAAGUCGGUUAAUCAAUCAACCGAUUCUUAUCUCCGAUCAAGCUGCUAUUUUCUUUGAUGAUUUCCUGUUUACGCAACGAUCAAAUCGUCCUUAUCAAUUGGACAACUGGUUCCUGGAUUGCCAGGACAUACAUGACUUUGUCCUUACUACUUGGCAAAGACACACCUCUGGCUCACCAAUGUUCAUUCUCUCAAAGAAUCUGCAACAUGUCAAGUCUCUAGUUAGGAAUUGGUGUCUCAAUAAUAAGAAAUUUUGGGGUGUAGACUGGAAUUUUUUUUCAAAGGAGCUUUCUAAUGAGGGUGAGCUAAUUCACUCGAUCAAUGAUGCCUCUCUCUACUUGUCAAGUAUUGUUACCUCAAAGGAGAGUAUCUUAUUGCAACUUCAAUUUUGGAGACAACGUUGCAAGAAAAACUGGAUACUAAAAGGUGAUUGCCCGUCUAAACUUCUUUUCUCCAAGGUCAAGUGUCGUCAGAAGAAAAAUGAGAUUAGCUCGUUACUUGAUGACCUGGGUGUUCUCCAACAUGGGCAUACGGAUGUUCAGCAUGUAGUAGUGCAAGCUCUUAAGAAGACUUUCAAAACUGAUAACGUGCCUCUUUUUGAUCCGGAAAUUGAUACCGUUCUGCAGGAGUUGGACCUUCCUCGGUUCAACUCUUCUCAAAUCGCUAAUUUGGAACGUCCCUUCACUGCUUCUGAGAUUCGAAUUGCCAUGUUUUCUUUAGGGAAUUGUAAGUCUCAUAGGCCUGACAGAAUGACAGUUGAAUUUUUCAAAACACAUUGGAACGUUGUUGGAGAUUCAGUUGUUUCGGGCAUUCAAAGUAUCUUUCAAACGGGUUUUCUCUUGAAAGAAUGGAAUCAGACGCUCCUGGUUAUGAUUUUGAAGAUUAGUAACCCAACAGAGAUGGGGCAUUUACGUCCUAUUAGCCUGUGUAACACGGUGUACAAGUGCGCAUCUAAGUGCUUGGUGGCCAGAUUGCGCCAGUAUGUCCCUGUUCUAAUCUCAGACUCCAAGCACGCCUUUGUUUAA